CAGUGGCCGGCGGCGGCGGCGGUGCGUGUGCCCCGUGCCUCCUCGCCCUCGGACAGCCGGCGUUCUCCGCAGUGCAUGGGUACCGGCCCGGGGGGCUGAGCGGCCGCGCCCCCUCUGCGCCCCGCGCCAUGGAGGGCGCCGAGACCCGCGCGCGGCCCGAGCGUCUGGCCGAGGCCGAGGCGCGGGCGGCCGACGGCGGGCGCCUGGUGGAGGUGCAUCUGAGCGGCGGUGCCCCGUGGGGCUUCACCCUGAAGGGCGGCGGCGAGGACGGAGAGCCUCUGGUCAUCACAAAGAUUGAAGAGGGUAGCAAAGCCACAGCCGUCAACAAGUUACUGGUGGGAGACGAGAUCGUGGGCAUCAGUGACAUCGGUCUCUCAGGGUUCAGGCAGGAAGCCAUCUGCCUGGUGAAGGGGUCCCAUACGACUCUGAAGCUCAUGGUCAAAAGGAAGAGUGAUCUGAGCUGGAGGCCUCACUCCUGGCAUGCCACCAAAUUCUCUGACAGCCACAUCGAGCCAGCGGCCUCUCUGUUCCCCUCUGCUAGCGGUGGCCCUUCCUGGCACAGCCGACACCACUCCAGUUCUUCCUCCCAUGACUUGUCCAGCUCGUGGGAACAGACGACCCUCCAGCGUGCCUCUGGCCACUUCAGCUCCCUGGGGAGCAUGGACAGCCUGGACCACCCCUCCCAGCACUACCCCUCUGGCCAUCUCUCAGCAGCCAAGUCCAACAGCAGCAUUGACCACCUGGGUUGCCAUAGCCAGUGAGACUCGGCCUACGGCUUCUUCUCCACCAGCUCGGGCACUCCAGACCACACCUUGUCCAAGGCUGACGCCUCUUCCAUAGAGAGCAUCCCCUACAGCGUGGGCCUCUGGGAGGCCUCCAGGCAGGGCGGCAGCCGGCACGGCCAGGCCACCAGUGACCCUCUGGGCCUGGAGGAGAGGCUUGGGUCCUUCCCGCCCAGUGUGCCUGGUGACAGCAGCAAAAGCUCCAGGCCAGAGGACAGUGCCGUGCCCAAGACGUCCUCUUGUGGAAGGUCCAGUUUUGGGCCAGUCUGGCAUGUUCCUGACAAGAAGAAAGCACCUUCCUCCCCACCCCCACCCCCGCCCCCUCUCCGCAGCGAUAGCUUUGCUGCCACCAAAAGCCACGAGAAGGUCCCGGGCCCCCCACUCUCAGAGGUGGCCACCACCCAGCACUUUACAGUCCUGGCCCAGGCUCAGCCUCGCAGUGACUGGCGACCAGACCCUGCUGAUCGGCCACGGAGGCCCGUGCGCCCCACCAGUGGGAAGGGAGCAGGAGGCCUGGGCUGCCCACAAGAGCCCCGACUGGACUCCAGCCAGCCAUCCUCUGAAGACAGGGUUCCUGGCAGGCUCCAGGCCUCUCUGUCCAGCACAGAUGUGCGCUUCUUACAGCCUCCCCACAAGGGACAACACCCACGGCAGUAUAGUGAUGAGAGCCCCUUUGUCCCUGAGAAUCCUGGGGCUCCUAUGCUACCGAGGGAGCUAUGGGCCACAGGCCUCCGGCAGGAGCCUCCCACCACCCACCUCCUGGAUGACAGCCAUACUCAAGUGAGGUACCUCAGUGCUGCCGACCAGAAGGUGGACGUCAGCAGGCAGGGCCGACGUCACUGCGUGUCAACCAGGCAGCCCCUGCAGGCGGGCACCUGGGCAGCACAGCCCCGAGGGGGAUGCUGGCCUCCUAGUGUGGCCCUGGGGGCCCUCCAGCAUCCUCCCCUGCAGCUGAGGGGCCAGAGCUUGCACCGGCACCUGUCUCAGCAACAGGAGCUUCGGGACACCCACGAGGCAGGACGCUGCUACGCCCUAGACACAGGGGCCGAGGGUUGCUCCACUGGAACUCAGGAGCCUCCCGGGGCCAGCCUCAUGGACAAAGCCAGCCAGCCGCCACGGGCAGACAGCUCCAGGUGGGAGGCUGGAGAAAGCAGUGAGGUGUCUCCGCAGAAGACACCCCUGCUGCAUUCCCUGGCCCAGGAGGGGACGUGCCAGCUGGAGAGCAGCCAGGGUGGCGGCACAAUGAGGCCCUCGCCAUUCGACACCCAGGUGGGAAGACCCACGCGGAGGAGUGACCAAUUUGCCACCACGUUGCGUAAUGAAAUCCAGAUGCGCAGAGCCAGGUUGCAGAAGAGCAGAAGCACAGCGACUCUGACUGGCGCCGGCGAGGGGGAAGAUGCCGCCAGCACCCCGACAGAAGGACCCUUCUCCGGCACCUAUAAGGACCACCUGAAGGAGGCCCAGGCGCGGGUCCUGAGAGCCACGUCUUUCCAGCGCCGUGACUUAGACCCCCACCCAGUGGAACAGCACUCAAGGUCAACAGAACACAGGACGGGGCACCACGACACCUCACCCUCAGUGCCCGGGGACCCGGAUCCUGUGCCCCACUUGUGGGAAGCGUGCCUGGCCAAGCCAGCCUCCUCUGGAAGCAACAUGCCCCAGGUUCCCCGCAUCGGAGGCCGGAAACGGUUCACGGCAGAGCAGAAACUGAAGUCGUACUCUGAACCAGAGAAAAUCAAUGAGGUGGGCCUCUCGGGGGCCUAUGGUCCUUGCCAGCACCCCAGGACACCCGAAGAUACUAUGGGCUCUUUUGCUGACAGAUGGAAGUUUUUUGAGGAAACAAGCAAACUGGUUCCCCAGAGGCCUGGGCAGAGACAAGUGCCUCAUGCAUUCCUAAGAGAGAAGCCGGAGAGGCCCCAGCCAGCUGGCCGAGGGUGUGAGGGCACCGAGCCCUGCUUGCACACCAGCUCCUUUGGGGAGAGCCUCACCAGUCACAGAAGAGCAGAAAAGGCAGGGAAGUUGGAAGCCCCACAGCGGCUUGGAACCUUUGCAGAGUAUCAGGCCUCUUGGAAGGAACAGAGGAAACCUCUGGAGGCCAGGAGUUCUGGGCGCUGUCACUCAGCAGAUGACAUUCUGGAUGUGGGUCUGGACCAACUCGACAAGCCGCAGUUCAUUCACGAAAGAUCCCGGUCAUCGCCAUCCACAGACCACUACAAACAGGAAGCUUCUGUCGAACCACGAAGGCAGGCAGAGGACCCCAGGGAGUGCAGAGAACCUCCCUCUACAGUCCGUGCCGAGGAGGGGCAGUCCACAUCGAGGAGGCUACGGGUACAACAUUGUGGAAGCCCCAGUGAGAUUUCCCACCCUGGGGCCCUUGGAUGCGUGGAUUUGGAGCACAGGUCCCAAAUUUACUGUUCAGAGACAGAGUUUCACUUUGGGUAGGGUGCCAUGGCAUCACACAGCUCACAGCAACUUCCAACUCCUGGGCUUCCGCGAUUCUCCUGCCUCAGCCUCCCGAGUACAACGCCCGCCACAAUGCCCAGCUAUUUUUUGGUUGCAGUUGAGAAGGCAACCAAAAAAGGGAACCAAAAACUGGAGAAUCUUCACAGAAUCUUCACCACACACCCUAAUCCCUUCUAAGUUUUGGCCGGGUUUGAACCCGCCACCCUUGGUAUAUGGGACCGGCGCCCUGCUCACUGAGCCACAGGCGCCACCCAUGACUCUUCUCUUUAAUUCACCUUCCCCAACCCCAACUUGGGAAGGUCCCUUUCCUGUUAUCUUGUUUUAUACAGCUUUUAAAUUAUGGGAAUAAAUUCCUGGAUACAUUAGUCAUGAGUAAAAUCCUGAAAUCCAUCACCUCCUACAGAAGGAGACCAUGAAGAGAAUCAACUACAGUCCACCUAUGCUUGUGAGCCUAAAGAAAAUUUGACAGCAACAAAAGUGUUAAUACAGUUUUCUGUCAAAAUCAACCCCCUCCUUUCAUGGUUCUAACCUUGCCUUUUAAUGUACUAAUCAGAUUUAUGUCUUUCAGAGAUAUCAUCAAACCACAAACAGUGAAAAGGGUUCCAGCCCAGACCUGACUCUAUUGUGGACCCCUGAAUCAUCACUCAUCUGAAGAGACCCUAACUAUCCACUUCUGUUGAUAUAGGGUUCCCUCAUUCCAGCCUGAACAAGGGACCCCGGUUUUCUGGGCUUGGGCAAUUUCAUGAAGACAAUACACUAACAUUUUACACCAAGCUAGAAGAAUCAACCUAAGUUUCUAUUUACUGUGAACCCUAGAUCAACCUCCUCUGAGGAAUCUUUGCUUCCCCAUAUCACUGUCCAUCUUCACCAGGAAGCAAUUUGGAGUGGUCAGAGCCCCUUUUUCCUACCAGCAAUUAGAGCUUCUAUUUGGAGAGGGAGGAUUAUACAGGAUUCCACCACUCAGGGCUAGACAGGGAGCCCCUCAUUCUCUAGGCCCAGGUGAGCUCAGGUCAGACCCCUAUCUCCUGGCACAAGCAGACUGCCUUUUGGGGGACACACCCUCUGGGCUCUGAUAAGGUCAUGAACAAAGCAGCCUGUGAUGGUUUUUAGGAUGGUUCCAACAUCUUUGGAAGGAGCACACAUCCUAAUCCCUUCUCAGGGACAAUGAUUGUAAAGGACCAACUGCCAGCCAUGUUUAAUACUAUAGACUUAAGACCCCUAGAUGAAAGAGCCCACAUGGAGACUCCCAAGUGAGUUCUUCAGUUCUUUCCCCCUUCCAGAAGCUCUGGUGCUCUUUACUGAUUCUGUAUUCCUUUCUAACUUCUAAUAAAAGUCCUAUCUUACCACUGAUCUCUGGUCUGUGGGUUCAUUCUUUGAAUCCCUGAGACCAAGGACCUACUGAAGAGUGAUCGGUACAACCAGACAUUAUGUGCCUUUGUUGCAGGAAGACUAGGCACAA